AUGACCGCUCCCUGGCGGCGCCUCGGGAGUCUGGUUUGGGAAUACUGGGCCGGGCUCCUCGUGUGCGCCUUCUGGAUCCCAGACUCGCGCGGGAUGCCCCACGUCAUCCGGAUCGGAGGAAUCUUUGAGUAUGCAGACGGCCCCAAUGCCCAGGUCAUGAACGCCGAGGAGCAUGCCUUUCGAUUUUCUGCCAACAUCAUCAACCGAAACAGGACUCUGCUGCCCAACACAACCUUGACCUAUGACAUCCAGAGGAUUCACUUCCACGACAGCUUCGAGGCCACCAAGAAGGCCUGUGACCAGCUGGCGCUGGGGGUGGUGGCCAUCUUCGGGCCGUCCCAGGGCUCCUGCACCAAUGCCGUCCAAUCCAUCUGCAACGCGCUGGAGGUGCCCCACAUCCAACUGCGCUGGAAGCACCACCCACUGGACAACAAAGACACCUUCUACGUGAACCUGUACCCGGACUACGCCUCUCUCAGCCACGCCAUCCUCGACCUGGUGCAGUACCUCAAGUGGCGGUCGGCCACCGUGGUCUAUGACGACAGCACCGGGCUCAUCCGACUGCAGGAGCUCAUCAUGGCCCCGUCAAGGUACAACAUCCGCCUCAAGAUCCGCCAGCUCCCCCUCGACUCUGACGACUCGCGCCCGCUGCUCAAGGAGAUGAAGCGAGGCCGGGAAUUCCGCAUUAUCUUCGACUGCAGCCACACUAUGGCCGCCCAGAUCCUCAAGCAGGCCAUGGCUAUGGGCAUGAUGACCGAGUACUACCACUUCAUCUUCACCACACUGGAUCUUUACACGUUAGACCUGGAGCCCUACCGCUACUCGGGCGUGAACCUGACAGGAUUCCGGAUCCUCAAUGUGGACAACCCUCACGUCUCGGCCAUCGUGGAGAAGUGGUCCAUGGAGCGGCUGCAGGCGGCUCCCCGAGCAGAGUCCGGCCUGUUGGACGGAGUGAUGAUGACGGACGCGGCCUUGCUGUAUGAUGCCGUCCACAUCGUGUCUGUAUGCUACCAGCGGGCACCCCAGAUGACCGUGAACUCCCUGCAGUGCCACCGGCACAAGGCCUGGCGCUUCGGUGGCCGCUUCAUGAACUUCAUCAAGGAGGCUCAAUGGGAAGGAUUAACUGGACGGAUUGUUUUCAACAAAACCAGUGGCUUACGGACGGAUUUCGAUCUGGACAUCAUCAGCUUGAAGGAAGAUGGCCUUGAGAAGGUGGGAGUGUGGAGUCCUGCCGAGGGGCUCAAUAUCACGGAGGUCGCCAAAGGCCGAGGCCCUAAUGUCACCGACUCUCUGACAAAUAGGUCUCUCAUCGUCACCACCGUGCUGGAGGAGCCCUUUGUCAUGUUCCGGAAGUCCGACAGGACCCUGUUUGGGAAUGACCGGUUUGAGGGCUACUGCAUCGACCUGCUCAAGGAACUGGCCCACAUCCUGGGCUUCUCCUACGAGAUCCGGCUGGUGGAAGAUGGGAAAUACGGGGCACAGGACGACAAGGGCCAGUGGAACGGCAUGAUCAAGGAACUCAUCGACCACAAGGCAGAUCUGGCCGUGGCCCCCCUGACCAUCACCCACGUCCGUGAGAAGGCCAUCGAUUUCUCCAAGCCCUUCAUGACCCUCGGCGUGAGCAUCCUCUAUCGCAAGCCCAAUGGCACCAACCCUAGUGUCUUCUCCUUCCUCAACCCCCUGUCCCCAGACAUCUGGAUGUAUGUGCUCCUUGCCUACCUGGGUGUCAGCUGUGUCCUCUUUGUCAUCGCCAGGUUCAGCCCUUACGAGUGGUAUGACGCUCACCCCUGCAACCCCGGCUCUGAGGUGGUGGAAAAUAACUUCACUCUGCUGAACAGCUUCUGGUUCGGAAUGGGGUCCUUGAUGCAACAAGGGUCUGAACUGAUGCCCAAAGCCCUGUCCACGCGCAUCAUUGGUGGCAUCUGGUGGUUCUUCACGCUGAUCAUCAUCUCCUCCUACACGGCCAACCUGGCUGCCUUUCUGACCGUGGAGCGCAUGGAAUCACCCAUAGACUCGGCAGAUGACCUGGCCAAGCAAACCAAAAUCGAGUAUGGGGCAGUCAAAGACGGGGCCACCAUGACCUUCUUCAAGAAAUCCAAGAUCUCCACCUUCGAGAAGAUGUGGGCCUUCAUGAGCAGCAAACCUUCGGCGCUGGUGAAGAAUAACGAGGAGGGCAUCCAGCGGACGCUGACGGCCGACUACGCGCUGCUCAUGGAAUCGACCACCAUCGAGUACGUCACCCAGAGGAACUGCAACCUCACCCAGAUCGGGGGCCUCAUCGACUCCAAGGGCUAUGGCAUCGGCACGCCCAUGGGCUCCCCGUACCGGGACAAGAUCACCAUUGCGAUCCUGCAGCUCCAGGAGGAGGACAAGCUGCACAUCAUGAAGGAGAAGUGGUGGCGGGGCAGUGGGUGUCCCGAGGAGGAAAACAAAGAGGCCAGCGCCCUGGGCAUCCAGAAGAUCGGGGGCAUCUUCAUCGUCCUGGCCGCCGGCCUGGUCCUGUCUGUGCUGGUGGCUGUGGGCGAGUUUGUGUACAAGCUCCGCAAGACCGCAGAGCGAGAGCAGCGUUCCUUCUGCAGCACCGUGGCCGAUGAGAUCCGCUUCUCCCUUACCUGCCAGCGUCGGGUCAAGCACAAGCCGCAGCCUCCCAUGAUGGUCAAGACUGACGCCGUCAUCAACAUGCACACAUUCAACGAUCGCCGGCUUCCGGGCAAAGACAGCAUGACCUGCAGCACAUCAUUGGCCCCCGUGUUCCCCUAGGCACAGGUGGGGUGGGGACUGCCGGCCUGGGGGCAGGGUGGAGAAAAGCAAAGGAGACUGGAAGGAACACCCCCAAGCACCACGCUGGACUUGGGGACCAGAGCUGCUGCCUGCCUGUUGGGCCAGGAGCCCUCUGCCCUUACCUAUCAGGAAACCAGCAGGCCCCCAGGCCAGCUGCUUGGGCUUCACCCUCCUCUUGUUUCUUCUAUGGGUUUCUAAAGCUGCCAGCCAAGACAGCCAAGGCCAAAGGAAGCACAUGCCUCUCUCAGGCCAAAUUCACCUGCCCCUCAACUCUCUUCUAUAGUCAGAAGUUUCUACCAUGGCCCUGCAGGGUCCAAAGACAACAGGAAACAGCUCUCAUGUUGCCGCUCCUUCCCCAUGGGGGCAGGCCUCCUGUAACUUGACUAUGAGAUCAGAGACGUAGACCCUGGGUACCAAAAAGGAUGUUACUGUUCGGCUGCCAAUGGGAACUGAAGCUGAAGGACAGCUACCCCACAUGCCUGGUCAGAAGGAAGAACUCAUCCCCCAGGGGCUGCUCACAUGGUCCUGAUCUCCUGGACUUGACACCACCCAUGGUGGAGCCCCUGUUUGGGCAAAGUUAAAGGCAGGAGCCCCACAGGGGAAAAAGAGGAGUUUGGAGUCUGGGGGAGAGGAGGAUGCACAGAGAAUGCUAGUUUGAACUCUUCUGGACAAUGUCCCAAUGGGUCCCGCUCCUCUAGAAGGUCUCUAGGAGUGGGAGAGUGGUCAGAGCAAAUUCACCUCCCCGUUGUGACCAGAGGAGAAAGGGCCCUCAGAAUCUCCUGCAAAGGAUGCCCGGAGACUCGGCCAGAGGAACAGUGGAUUCCAUGGAAAUCCCAGAGGCCCUCGAGCCAUUGGAUUUUAUCUUGCUGGUUAGCAAGCUGUUUCCUAAACCCCGGUGGCAUUAGGACGCUUGAGCUCUUUGCCAUCUACUCUUCAGCGACUCCCCAUUCCUGGCCUGUUGACCUUGACCAUCUUCUGUCAUCAUGGAAGGAGGAAAGUAGCCUAGAUUGAAGUGAACAUUGUCACCUAUCCUCCAAGGAGGAUCAAGUCCACUGCACAGGCUCACUUUGGGGUAGAUGGGGAAAGCUGGAUUGGCGGGGCACAUAAGGAACUCCAUGCCUCCUGGACUUGCCAAACCUUAAAGAUGCCCCCCAGAGAAAGAAAAUUUCCAGGGGGCAGAACAGUCUCCCUGGUAGAGGCCCCUGGGGUGGGGAGGAAGAAGCUGCCUCCUGGAGGAUUAACCAAAGACCCCACACAGAGAUACACGGUCGUAAUGGCCCUGGUCUCUUGUCCAGAGGAGCUGGGACCUUGUGGGGUUUGGGGGUUCAGCAGAGAAGGGGUAGCAGACGAGGUGCAGUGAGCAGUGGACCAGGUGAUCCGUGGGUUCCAGCCAGCUGUGACAGAUACUCUAGGUCUGAGACGCGUAAGAUUCUGGGAGGAGAAUGAGAUGUGGAGGGAUUAGGAACAAAGUGUCCUUAAAGAGAGCACGAUGAGGCCAGCAAGGCUGCCCGUGGCCAAGGGCAGAGGGCAGGCUUUGAGCCAGGGAAAGGGGGCUGGAGAUCUGUAUAGAGACCAGAAGACACCAGCCGCCCACCCCCCUACCGCUCUUCUGUUUCUGCCUGGGGACCCUGGUUAGGAAAAGAGCUACAUUUAGUUCUCAAGAAGCUUCUCAGCUGGGGUGAAGGGUAACCUCUAACUCUCCUCAAGAGUCCCAAAGCAGGAGCGCACAGUGGACGCAUGUGAUAACUAUCGUCUUCUCCAGACUGAGCUGUGGGGCCAAAUCAGCUGGUUCCCAGGGCCACAGCAGUUCUGCCAGGCUGUGUGCACUGGAGGUGGGAGAAGAGGGAUGGAACGCCACGUGGCCAACACACAUCAUGAUAGGAAAAGCCAUGCUGUUGUGAGCUCCUGGAUGUAGGAGUGUAUGUGUGUCUGUGUGUGCGUGCGCAUGUAUGUGUAUCUUUGUAUGUCUGAUCUUUGGGGGCUGGGCAUGAAGGAUAAAUGAAGGCAUGUGACAGAGUCCCAGGCAUGCAAUAAUAGGAGAACCCUUUGGGUUCUGAUGUGUGUGUGUGUGCACGUGUGUGUGAAUUUGGGGUGAAGGAGAUAAAUCUGGACAAGCAGCAGGACCCCAUACAUGUAAAAACAGGAGAAGCCAUGCCAUAUUGGGGUUCUGGUGAGUAUACAUAUGUAUACAUACGUGAACAACUGUGUGUGCUUGUGUGUGUGUGUGUGUGUGCGUGUGCGCAUGCACUUUUGUGCACCUAAUGGCAGAGGGUGGAGGACAAGAUAAAAUAUGUUUUAAUGGAGAAGCUAAAUAAGUUUAAAUGGAGAAGCCAUGUCAUCAAGGGGUCCGUUUGUGAGCACGUGUGCAUGUGCGUGUGCGGUGGAGGGCGGGAGGGAAGACAGACUGGAUGGAUGCACAGCACAAGGGAAUGCAUGUUGUAUGUGAGGAGCCACAUGGGCCUGGAGUUCGUGUGUGUGUGUGUGUUCACGUAUGGGUGUUCAAACGUGCACAUAUGUUCCAGCUCACAAUAGGAGCAGAGAUGGACAAUCAGGAAGGGAACUAGAGUCUGGGUACACUUCUGCCAUGGAGAGAGGUCAUUUGCCACAAGGAUUUGCUAAGAUUACAUAGGCCUGAGGAGACAGGCCAAGUAGGGACUAAACCCUGCAGGCAGUCACAGCCAGUGACUCCUUUGCUUUCUGUGGAGUGUCCUAUUUGAAGGGAAAAUGACUGUUUUUGGCAAUUUCCAGAUAACCAGAUUCUGAUGAAGGUAUUUGCCAAUUUUUUCUCACUGAUCACAGACAUGAGCCACUCUCUUUCUUUAUCCGGUCUACUUUCAUAGCACACGCCCACAUCCAUGUUCGUAUCACACACCCAACCGUGUGUGUGCUUUCGUGACACGCCAUGAACGUGUCAUUUCUUCUGAGGCUAUGCACAUAUAUAGACUGCAAUGGCAGGAAGACUAGGAGGUGGUGGGGUAGGAAGAGCUUCAUCAAACGAGAGGAGGAAGGUGGAACUCAGCGGCACAAUUCCAUUAGGGAAAUCCCCCGAAAGGGACUGAAAUGAUUUCUCAAGUCCUACAUGGAGAUAGGAGGACACGCAGCCUGAUAUCACCUCCCAUUCGAGCCUUACAUCCGUGUGUGGAUAAUGGUUCAAACUCUGCCUGAUGACCUGUGUUUGUCUCUGAGACCAGCCCAGCAUUCAGAGUGCAGCGGAGGUCGCUUCUCUCCGAAUGUGAGCUCUGUCCCAGGGGCCUGAAGGUGCUGCUGCGUCUUGGGGUAGGGGCCCGGGGAACUAUUCCAAGCAAGGUGGGUCGAGUGGAAAUAAUGUUCAGGCCCACCUGCCCGCGGAUAUGGAUCUGAGCCACGGCGAGUGUGCAUGCGCACACAUGGAGGCACUGAGGUCAGUGGCAGCUCAACACUGGUUUGGAUAGAGCAGAGGAUGGGACUGGCCCAAGCAGGCGCUGGACAGUCCCUGCCCAGCACGUACCGGCCUGAAGAGAAGAGCACCCCUACCUUCCACCUCCAUCCCCCACCUCGAAAUGCCAGUGCCUCCCCUCAGCCUGCUCCAACUGGCCAGAUUAAAGGGCAGCACUGGGGACAUACACACCCUGCCAAGGCCCUGGGGAGCGGGGCCUUGAGGCCUCAUUUUCUCUCUCCCCUUGACCUGUUACUGGUCCAUCUUCUGUGGACAGAUAAGAAAAACCUGAGAACUUUGUCACCAUUCAACGGGCCCCACGCUGGGCACGUGUCUCGAGAUGGGUAAGGCCCCCUUGGCCGAGGAGCUGACUCUGAAUCUCUGAAGGGUGGGAGCACCUCCCCUGCUCACAGCCAAGACUGUCUCCACUAGCCAAGCACACGGGUUCCCCGCAAGGCCCCGGGCACGGGCAGAGGGCAAGUCCAGCCCUGGAUGGAGGAGGGCUCUGGCAGUGGCGAGAAGGCUCCAAGCGGUUAGAAGUCACUCCCUCCCCAAUCCCCAGGAAAGCAGAAGUCAGACCCAGGCACCCGCUCACCCAGAACAGUGGGACGCUCCCUCCCCGACAUCUCCUCCCAGGUGGGUGUGCUGGGUGUGGGCUGGUGGCUGUGGCUUCAUCACUCAGCAUGAAGCCCAUCCCUUCCCAGACCCUUCCCAGCUCUCUGCUCCGGCCCACAUCUCUGGUCCUGUGUGGACAGCCAUCUGGGAAGGGCUUAGCGAUCUGGACAAACAGCUGUAUGGACUUAAACUCUGAGAUGGGCCCGGCCCUGUGGACAGACUCAAGAAGUGCACCCAGUUCUGUAGACAGGCCUCUGGACUAGACCCAUCUGGAAAAGCCCCGGGCUGGGAGGACCCAUCUGGAACGGGCCCAACUGCUUGCCCCAGUAGAAGGGUCCCGCCCUCGGUACCCCGGCCAGCCUGAAUGGAGCCUUCCUUUCCGUCCUGGCUUUGCCCUGGAGUUAGAAGUUCAGAGCUGAGGCCAUACGUGAAAGUCACAAAACUGGUUUUGGUAGAAGGUUAAAGUUCUGUACAGUAUAUAUAUGAAUGUAAAAAGAUAUAUAUAUAUAUGCUGUAUAUAUAUAUAUAUAUGCACAGUGUAUAUAUGACCUGUAGCCCGUGUGUAUACGCACCCCUCCCCGCACGUCUGCACACAGAGUAUACAUAACCCAGCCAGUGUGGGUGGGGACCAGGUGAGCAGCGGGGGCUGCAGCUGGAGAGUCUAGGAUGGAAGCUGCCUGGGGCAGGGGCUGCGGAGAGCCCUCUGGGGGACGGGCAGGGCCCAUGCAUGUCAGAGCUGCAGACCCUGAGGAGGAAGGGAGAACUGAGGGGCUGGCAGGUAGGCCUCCUGAGGACGACAGGAGUGGCCCACAGGCCUUGUCUGCAUCUGAGAGGCUCUGAGGAUUGCCGGGCCUCUGUCUGGGGGGCAGCAUUGUACAGUACUGGGCUCCUGAGCCAAUACGACAGCUGCAGUCCCAGGGCAGUUAGCAGGGAGCUGGAAGGGCUGGGAAAGAGGGGGCCACUCCCUGGACCAGCUCUCAAUACCUGUCUGCCCAGCCGCCAGGGAUGCUCCACGUGGAAUACCCUAGAAGGCUGAAGUAUGGCAGAGGCCAUUGCCUCACAUUCUCAACCACACACAAAGACGACCCAGCUCCCAGCUAAGGAAAACCCUUUUUCAGGAGAAUGGCCCCCUGCAUGCCAGUCAGACAUCCCCGGCCCCUGUCUUCUAGAACAGACCUCAAAUCACCCCGCAGCGUGUCUAUUUUAUAGAUCAAAACUUUGAGGCCUCCAGAUGUAAGAAAACAGCUGUGGACCCAGCAAUUCCAGCCUUGAGUUCGUCCCACCCCAGACAAUCUCCCCAGCCCAUUUGACUGCAAGGUCCGCUGUCAGGGAGUGACUGGAGAGCCAGAGGUGUGAGCAGAGCAGUGACGGGGGGUGAAAGAGGGCAAGCCAAGAAGGCGGUCUGAGCACACCUAGUGGCAUCUGUCCGCCCUCUCCCCUGCCACCCCUCCCCUGCAGGGCAGCUGGCAUAGAGCUUGGCCCUGCCCCUGCAGACCUCCGUCCCUACCACACUUGGAUCCUUCUGUUCUUUCCCUUCUAACCCUUCAGCAAGUGGUUUGGCUCCAUCAUCAUGCAAGAGCAUCUCUGGACCACGUGGGAAAGGGUCUAGAGUGGGCUUUCGUGUGGUCAGCGGUCUGCCCUCUGCUUCAGCCCCAUGCAUCAGACUGGUCUGCACUUAACUCUGGGUCUGCCUCUGUUUGGGGUCCUGGCCGGAGCAUAUCUGAACCCAGCCCCCUGAGGAUGGGUCUGUCCUGCCUCUAGGACAGGAAUCAGAGGCUCCAGGGGCCCCCUUGCCACUGUGCUCCAAGCCCCCAGCCCACCUCCGCCUGUGCCAGCUUCCUGGCUAAGCCUCCCACGAUGGGGACUUGGGUUCCCAGCCCCUUGGUGAAGCCCCAAGAUAGCACCAUGUGAGACCCCUGGUCUGUCCCACCACCCAGACCAGAGUGCCUGGACGCCCCCUACCCCAAUCCUACUCAAUAUAGUUCCCACACACUGGUCUCUGGGCCAUUCAGGGGAUGCCCUUUGUGGACAUGCAGAAUUUCUAUGAAUAUAGUUUUUUGUAAACAUUUUGUAACAAUUUGGGUUUCAUAGUAACUGUGUUACUUGCCAAUCAUUCUAGGCUGAUGUAAAUAAAUUUCCAAACAAAUCUGAUUAUUUUCCUUUUUAAGACACUGUGAUAUAUCAAAGUGCACAGUUUGCUGUAUGAAGUAAUAUGGUUUUAAAUUUUAAAUAAAGAAAUGUUUCUAGAAAACAGGG